GCUGCUGCCAGCUGGCCUGUCCUGGACGCAGCAUAACUAACGAAGCUGCUGCAGGAUGAGAAGAUGGCAGGGCGGCUGCUCGCACCACCAGGCCCUGAUAGUUUCAAGCCUUUCACUCCCGAGUCGCUGGCAAACAUCGAGAGGCGCAUUGCCGAGAGCAAGCUUAAGAAACCACCAAAGGGAGAUGGCAGCCACCGGGACGACGAUGAGGACAGCAAGCCCAAGCCCAACAGUGACCUGGAAGCCGGGAAGAGUUUGCCUUUCAUCUAUGGGGACAUCCCACAAGGCCUGGUCGCUGUGCCCUUGGAGGACUUUGACCCAUACUAUCUGACGCAGAAAACCUUUGUAGUAUUAAACAGAGGGAAAACUCUCUUCAGAUUUAGUGCCACGCCUGCCUUGUAUAUUUUAAGUCCUUUUAACCUGAUAAGAAGAAUAGCUAUUAAAAUUUUGAUACAUUCAGUAUUUAGCAUGAUCAUUAUGUGCACUAUUUUGACCAACUGUGUAUUCAUGACUUUUAGUAACCCUCCCGACUGGUCGAAGAAUGUGGAGUACACAUUCACAGGGAUUUAUACAUUUGAAUCACUAGUUAAAAUCAUUGCAAGAGGUUUCUGCAUAGAUGGCUUCACCUUUUUACGGGAUCCAUGGAACUGGUUAGAUUUCAGUGUCAUCAUGAUGGCAUAUGUGACAGAGUUUGUGGACCUGGGCAAUGUCUCAGCGCUGAGAACAUUCAGGGUUCUCCGAGCUUUGAAAACUAUCUCUGUAAUUCCAGGCCUGAAGACCAUUGUGGGCGCCCUGAUUCAGUCCGUGAAGAAGCUAUCAGAUGUGAUGAUCCUGACAGUGUUCUGCCUGAGUGUUUUCGCCUUGAUCGGCCUGCAGCUGUUCAUGGGCAACCUGCGGAACAAGUGUGUGGUGUGGCCCAUAAACUUCAAUGACAGCUACCUCGAGAACGGCACCCGAGGCUUCGACUGGGACGAGUAUAUCAACAAUAAAACAAAUUUUUACACAGUUCCUGGAAUGCUAGAACCUCUACUCUGUGGGAACAGUUCUGAUGCUGGGCAAUGCCCAGAGGGAUACCAAUGUAUGAAAGCAGGAAGGAAUCCCAACUAUGGUUACACAAGCUUUGACACUUUCAGCUGGGCCUUCUUGGCAUUAUUUCGCCUUAUGACCCAGGACUAUUGGGAAAACUUAUAUCAAUUGACUUUACGAGCAGCUGGGAAAACGUACAUGAUCUUCUUCGUCUUGGUCAUCUUUGUGGGUUCUUUCUAUUUGGUGAACUUGAUCUUGGCUGUGGUAGCCAUGGCUUAUGAAGAGCAGAAUCAGGCAACACUGGAGGAGGCAGAGCAGAAAGAGGCUGAAUUCAAAGCAAUGUUGGAGCAACUUAAGAAGCAACAGGAAGAGGCACAGAUUCAACUGGAAAACGGACAGAGCCGGGCCCUGGCCACAGUCUCCUCACUGGCUGGUUCUCCUUCCUCCUUUUCUCACCCUUUUCCGUCUAAGGAAAAGGAAAUAACCCGCACUAACUGCUUGGCUCUGGGGGCUCCAGAAGAUGCCAUCGAGGAAGAAGGUGAAGAAGAGGGAGGCUCCCCUAGGAGCUCAUCGGAAAUGUCUAAGCUCAGUUCCAAGAGUGCGAAGGAAAGACGGAACCGGAGGCGGAAGAGGAAGCAAAAGGAACUCUCUGAAGGAGAGGAGAAAGGGGAUCCUGAGAAGGUGUUCAAGUCCGAGUCGGAAGACGGGAUGAGGAGGAAGGGCAUUCGGCUGCCAGACAACAGGAUCGGGAGGAAAUUUUCCAUCAUGAAUCAGGGUACAACUGAAGUGGAAAUUAAGAAGAAAGGUCCUGGAUCUCUCUUAGUUUCCAUGGAGCAACUGGCCUCCUAUGGGCGGAAGGACAGGAUAAACAGUAUACUGAGUGUUGUUACAAACACACUAGUAGAAGAGCUGGAAGAGUCCCAGAGGAAGUGCCCGCCGUGCUGGUAUAAAUUCGCCAAUACGUUCCUCAUCUGGGAGUGUCACCCCUACUGGAUAAAACUGAAAGAGAUUGUGAACUUGAUCGUUAUGGACCCUUUUGUGGACUUGGCCAUCACCAUCUGCAUCGUCCUGAAUACACUGUUCAUGGCGAUGGAGCACCAUCCGAUGACGCCACAAUUCGAACAUGUCUUGUCUGUGGGGAAUCUGGUUUUCACUGGAAUUUUCACAGCGGAAAUGUUUCUGAAGCUCAUAGCCAUGGAUCCCUACUAUUACUUCCAAGAAGGCUGGAACAUUUUUGACGGAUUUAUUGUCUCCCUCAGUUUAAUGGAACUGAGUCUAGCAGAUGUGGAGGGGCUUUCGGUGCUGCGAUCUUUCCGAUUGGAUCGUCAGCAUAUCUAA